AGCAAAGCAUUCUGGGAUACUGGCGGGAAGGAGGGUUAGGGGCGGGGCUUCCGGCGAAAAUCUCAACAGCUGGUUAAAAUGCAGGUUAUUAAGCAAUGUUUCAGGUUGUAGGGUUUUAUUUCGUAAGUGGCUUUUAUUUCAUUAUUGUUGUACCCAGUUGUUUAGGAUUCUUAGCAAACUUUCAUGGUGUAGACUGUGUGUUUGCAAAUCUGAGUCCCACUUGGAUUUCAUUUGAAUUAUCAGAAGUGAAGGGCUUGCUUAUCACCCAGACUUUGCUAACAAGGAUUUGCAACAAGAAAUGAAUAGCCUCCGCUGAAAAAAGGGAUUUAUCCCAGUUGGGCAUUCCCAGUAAACAAAGGUAUAACUGUAUUCUCAGCAGGACAGAAUAUGCUUGUUUGCUGUUUGAUCUUCGUUAGCAAUGGCUUACCUUUCACAACGACUUUUACCGACUGCUAGCUCUUAUAUCACUAAAAACAGAAUAUUGUGGAACAGUGUGCCGCAUCUUUUGUUCCAGGACAGACAACGAGACAUGUCCAGUCAAAAGCACGGGCUAGAAAUAUUCCGUACUGCGGUCAAUGCUGUCUCACCUGAAAACAUGAUAAAGAAUAACAUGAGCCUGAUGGGAGACACUUUAACAGUCUGUGAAAAGAGGUUUCACAUCCACAAGAAUGUCUACCUUGUCGGAUUUGGAAAGGCUGUUUUGGGGAUGGCAGCUGCAGCUGAAGAUAUUCUGGGACCCCAUCUCGUGAGUGGAGUUAUUAGUGUUCCUUAUGGCAUUCAAGAGGCUUUGCAGUUGGCAGGAAAAUGGGAGAUGCUGACUGCGCCACAUAGCAAGAUUCAGGUGAUCGAAGGAGCAAAGCAUAAUCUUCCUGAUGAAGAUUCACUGCGAGCAGCAAACCACAUCAGACUUCUCGCGGAGAGACUAACGGCUGAUAAUCUUCUCGUAGUGCUCAUCUCAGGUGGGGGGUCUGCACUUCUUCCUGCUCCUGUCCCUCCAAUCACCCUGGAAGAAAAACAGAAAGUAACUAAACUACUUGCCUCAAAGGGAGCCACUAUUCAGGAACUGAAUACUGUCCGAAAGACCCUGUCCCUCUUAAAAGGCGGAGGACUGGCCAAACUGGCAUACCCUGCACAGGUAGUAAGUCUUGUCCUGUCUGAUGUGAUUGGAGAUAGUCUGGACAUUAUUGCCAGUGGACCAACAGUUGCCAGUAACCACACAGUCCAAGACUGUCUUGAGAUUUUGUCCAAGUACAACUUGACAGCUUCCAUGCCUGAAUCUGUGAAUUGUGUUGUUUCAUCUCAAAGUCAAGAACCAAGAAGUGCUGCCGACUUGUCACAUGUCUCUAACAGUGUGAUUGGCUCCAAUACCAUUGCUUUAAAUAAGGGAAAGCAGAAAGCUGAGGACCUGGGCUAUAACACUAUGAUUCUGUCCACAUCCUUAUGCGGGGAGGUCAGCAUGGUGUCCAAGUUGUACAGUUUGAUUAUUCUGUAUGCAUGCAGUAGUCUGAACUGCCAUUCAUGCCCCACCAACAUUUCUAAAAAACCUAAACUGAAACAGGAAAUCCAAGCCAUUGCUGCAGAACUAACCAUUCCUGACCUACUUAUUCAAGAAAAAUGGGAAGUAUUUGAUUAUCUGAAUAGCAGGAAGCCAGUUUGCCUUCUGACUGGUGGGGAACCUACAGUUCAGCUCCAAGGCAAAGGGAAGGGAGGACGGAAUCAGGAGCUGGCGCUGCGUGUUGCUGUUCAUCUUCAUCGUUUGAGCACAGACAGGGAACUUGAUUUGGAACACAGCAUCUUGUUUCUUAGCGCUGGGACCGAUGGACAGGAUGGACCAACAGAGGCAGCUGGAGCUGUCUCUUCCUUAGAGAUGGUGUGCAAGGCAGAAGCAGAGGGACUUCUUGUGGAGAGUUUCCUUACAAACAAUGAUUCCUACACUUUCUUUAGCAAGUUUAGCAAUGGUCAGAAUCUUAUAACGACUGGCCUAACUGGAACUAAUGUUAUGGACAUUCAGGCUGUUUUAAUUACACCAAAAGUGAAAAAAGCACAAAACUGACACCACUGUCACUGAAACUACUGUGUCUCAUUUACAGUUUUUACUAGUUAUCGAAUAAGUGUCUUAAUGUAUAUGAAUAAUAUAUUUAGGACAAGAUGGGUCUUAAAUGUUUGGUUCUAAGCAUAAGCAAACAGAAUAAAACCAUUGUGACAGGCAGGCUUAAGUCUUCUUUUCUUGAUCAUAAUAGUAGCAUAUCUAUGAAUUAGUUAACUUUGCUGACUAAUAUUAUUUGUAUUUAAUUAAUAAAAUAUUAUAUUUUA